CCAGAAACCACAUCAGACAGCUAAUUAGGUAGACAGCUAGUCUCACAGAGUGUGAGUGUGUGUUCGUCAGAGAGAGAGAGAGAAAGAGAAAGAGAGAGAGAGAGAAAGAGAGAGAGAGAGAGAGAGAGGAGGAGUGACAGAGAGGGAAAGAAAAGAGGGAAGAACGACACUCAUUAAGACAAGUUGUUCUCAGCACUCGUUCUGCUACACAGGCUUUCUCUUUCCUUCUCUCUCACACACACAUAUACUACACACGCACAGUCAAAAACACAAAGCAGAAGUGGACAAAGACAUACGGUUUCAGUCGCGGUGGUUGGCUAUGGCUCAGGGUUCUGACAGCAAUGACACAAGUUACAAGUCCCCAUCACCUGGAAGCAGGCCGGUAAGUGUGCUCUACACUCUAAAGAAUUUAUUUUUACUAAGUUUUCUUUUUUUGUUUUUACUUACGUACCUAAAAACAUGUUUUUCAUGUAGAAAUCUUACGAUCAAAUGUCACAUAGUUAAGCUAAAUCUUGUGUCUUAUGCAACUUUGGUGGGCAGAAACAGUCGAGUAAGCCAACAAAGACUGUUGACUCUUUGACAGUUUCUCAGAGUUUCACUUGCACACAUGGGCUGCAGGCAUGACUCGCCUCCAAGUGUAGGCUUUUGUGAAUUAGAAAAUGCAUCACUUGUCCAAGUAGUGGGAAUCCUUUAGUUUUGCACGUCCUAAAACUGUGAAUGAUUUGAGAGCUGUCAGGAACACAAAGCGUGGUGAACACUGUGUUUCAGUGCAUGUGACUGGUUUCACGUGUAUCAGUCUGCAGCACAUUUUUUGCCACCUUUCAUGCCAAAGAGCACUACAGAAGUCAAGUCACUCUCUCUCUCAUUUUUGGAUGUGUUGCAAGCUGAGAUGUUUAGUUAAUGUGGAUGAACUCAUUUCCAGCAGUUUUGGAUGUUUCAGUGGCAGUUUGUGAGGCGUUAUAUUCUUAAUCUUUUGUCUCUUUGAUGUGCAACUGACUUAGCAUUUUCAGAUGAGAUUAGUUAUUACGAUACCAAGACAAUUAAGCGUUCAGGACAUGAAACAGGGCGUGUGUUUUACUAACCGAUGACUCAGCCACUCCCUGACCUCACCCUUCACAUUAGGUGUAAAUGUAAGCAUGUCUUAUCUAAAACUGUCUGAAGUGGAAGGAAACUGUCACAGAAAAGUGUUUAGGUCGGCACUUGCUGUAAAUGUCAUACCUCAGAUUAACUGUGUCUCUUGUACUUUGUUAGAGCUCCUCAGAUGAUGCAAAGAAGGUGAUGCGGCGAGAGAAGAACCGGAUCGCUGCUCAGAAGAGCAGAAUGAGGCAAACUCAGAAAGCUGACAGCCUACAUUUGGUGAGUAUACAUCUCCCUUCAACAUGUGCCAUUCAAUACUGAAAGCAACACAUUUUAUCAAUGACAUUUACUUUCACAGACAUAAGCAAGCAACUUAAGGUUGUGUGCAUAUGCUCUGUACGUCAAGUUAUGGAGAAUUUUAAGCGGAACUACCAAAAACGGUAAAUUGAUUUGGUUUUUGUCACCAACAUACUUCCUUUUAAAAGGUUUAAUGUGCUGUACGCUGGUUGCAAAUCAGAUUAUACUCAGACAUUUGGCCAUAUUUAAAAUAUACAGUAGGACUUGGGAAUAACUUUGCAAAUAACUGCGCAAAGAUUUGUCAAGUUGUCCUCUCAGUAUUCUCAUGCUGGAGGGUAAAAGAGUUAGGUUACAUUGUGCAGCGUGAUCAAUUUUCAUUUCUAUGUAUGGUAACAAACUUACAGUAACAGUCUGUGGUGCUUUCUCUGUGCUCAUGCAGCACUUUCAGUCCUCAAGGAUACAGUUUGUACUAUAUUUACAAGAUGCUACCUGACCAUGUGGCGAUGUGUCAUGGCUUCUGUUGGGCUGCACACUUGGAUGCUUCUCUGUGUGUUUGCAGAAGCUUCAGGAAUAAAUUAGCACGUGUGGGCAAUCUCUCCCUUUUGCUGCAGAAUUGAGCCAGAGACUGCAGCACUGAAUUUCAUAACAGAAGUAGUGUGCAAGGUUGUUUAUGCCCCCCCACCCCCUAUGAUCCUUCAGUGCGGAUUGUUUCAAAGAAAGGUAAAUGGCCAGUCUACAGGGUGAGUCAGUCUGUCUGUGAAUGAGAGAUAGCACAUUUUUCGGUUUCUUUAGCUUUUUACCAAAAUGACAAAAUAUCUUUAACCAUGUCUGCAUGUUGUUACUUGUUAUUUUGACACCAGGCUGGUUAGAGCAGCUGUUACUGUGAACUUAAUCAGAUGAGAUAGAAAGAUUUUGACCUAUUAAAAAAACCACAGUGUGGGCAGUAGUAGAUCCUUAGAUUUGAGUGUUUCUGGUGAAGUAUGUUGUAUAUCAUUGAUCUCUUUAAAUUGUGUCACAGUCACAAAGAACACCAGGGGACCACAGAGCAGAGUCUGUGGUUUUACUUUCAUCGUCUCAAUAGAUAAACAGGAAGAUGAAUUUUCCCUCUCUAUGACACUGCGGCUUAUUUCCUGUUUCCUCAGUAGUAAUUUUUUCUUCAGUGUAACUGAGCUUGAAAUUGUACGUCGUGGGCAGUCGGGGAGAAAAAAGCAGUCACUUCUUGUAAGGCGCUGAUAGCAGUGGGCUGUAUUUGGCUAAGUGACGCAUGUGCAGGGGUUUGCCCAAAGCUCCUGUGACAGUUAAGGCCUACAAAUAAAUGUUAUUAUGAUCUUUAGGCCAUGGUUAGAUGACCUUUUCAUUAACCAAGUGGGAGAUUUCUCGCCUGCUAUUCCCACAACAGCCCCAGAAAAAUUACGUGCAGUUUGCUCUACAUAGUUCAUCAUCAGAUAGGCACUUUAGAGAAGUUCUUUUGAUACCUCUUCUGUUUGUGGUGUGGGUGAUGUGCAGGCUGCUCAUAGUGUAAAGGUUGUGUGUGUGAAGUUGAAUUUAAAUGACAAAGCCCUGCUCUACAAUCUUUUACAGAAAUAAGUCUAAACAUUUAUUUACAAGAAUACUAUAUUUAUGUGUGAUUUUCCAUUUUCAUGAAACAGUAGCUCUUCUAAGAUGCAAAUUUAGUUGACAGCAAUAAAAACCCUUGCCAGUUGGCACCAGAAUAAUGGGUCAAAUGAAAAAAUGGCUACUGCCACAAUGCUAUAAUGCACAAAUGACAGAUGGCAUCUCUACACAUGGCAUACUUAGAGAUGCAAAUGGAGAUAAGGUUAUUUGUUGGCUUUGCCAAGUUAAAACUGUCAUAAUUACUAGACUUGAGCAAUUUGUAGGCAGCACGGAGAUGUGGACGCUAAACUACAAGGAUGCCAUAGGCUGAUGGUGCUAGUUUAACUAUUGUGGGCCACAUUGCAAACAACUUUGACAUUGUUUACUUGCAGACUUUGUGAUCCUAGUAACAGUUUUAGAUUGGUCGUCCUCAACUUUGGCAAUUUUUUGUGUGUUGGUCUCAUCUUUGGAUUUACCCGUAUUUAGAAUUUAAAUUUAAGUUAAAUUGUUAAGAAAUUAUUUGUUUCAGAAAAUUUCUAAGAUCUACCAGAACAAAACACAUCAAUUGAGUGCCUUUUCCUUUUGCUUUCUUGUCUGUUUGUGCAUUGUUUUUUCCGUAGUUUCUCAACAUACUGUAUGUUACCAUAUCGUUCGGGCAUUAAACGUUUGUAGGUACUUAUACUUCCUUAAAAUACAAACUAUUUUGUAUUUCUCUUUUGCACAGACAAACUACAGGCUGCACUUUUUUCAUUAUUAAACCUAUUGUUCCCUUCUUUGAUUCAGGCUUACCUCACAGCCUUAUAGAAGAUGCCUUAAAAUGGCUGUAUCUGCACACAAGGGGCACAGUGAGUCUACCCCUCCCCAGUGUUUGGUUCUGUGGUAAUGGUAGCACAUCUGAAGUUAACCCUGACAGAAAACUAAUUCUUUUAUCUUUCAUGCACGACAAAUCGUACAGCCUUCCACCACGUUUGGCUGUUUUUAAAGAAUACUAUUUUUUCAUAGUUUAUCAUCAUUUUUUCACAGAGACAUUUUUGAUGGCCUGACUUGAACACUGACAGUCCAUUAUCAUGGACAUGACCUGACAUUGACAUUUUCUUGAAUUAUAAAGCAUUUUAAACACAAAAAUGCAUAACAGAUGACCACAAGAUUCAAGUAUAAAAACGUCAAAGAAUCAUGGCCAUAACACUGACAUGGUAACAGUAUUUAGAGAAAAAAUAUACCGUACGUUUUGUAAAUUUUAAAGGUGGGGUAUUAUGCAUUUUUUCAGACUCCGUAUUUCCUUUCUGAUACCUCUUUAAUAUCUUUACAUGAUUUUCAGAAAGAACAAAUUCUCAAAUUUCUUACAGUCGUGUAUUAAAACAUUAUUUCAGCCUCGGCCUAAAAUGCUUUAUUUUAGCUGCUGUCUCUUUAAGGUCCCCCCUCCUCAUACCUACUUUUUUCUGAUUGACCACCUCUCUAGAGGCUUUCCAGAGGCUGGCCAAGGGCAAAGCUCAUAGACUGAAUAUGUUAUGGUGUAUAUCCUAUACACAGUGUAUGGUGUCACCUCACCACACUUUUGGGAUCAGGCUGUUCUGCUUUGCUGGAAGCUCAGAUAGCCAGUAAGUCUAUAAUUCUUAGGUCAGAAUUUUAGUAAACUUCACACAACUAUAAUUUCGCUUUUGGCUGAAAUUUAAGCAGUUUACAUUUAUUUUCUAGGAUUGUGACAAAAUUUAUUUAUCUCAUGCUUUGAAACUCUGCGUACAUCUAGUAUGGACACCAAAGCACAAUACUCCCACUUUAAUUAGCCUCUGGCUGGGGCAUGGAAUAAUUAAGUAUUAUGCUAGUUUGUGCAUCAUUCCUUUAUAAAUACACUGGAGAUCCUUGGCUUGGAUUGUAUAAUGCUCAGGCUAGGGGUGAUUGAAACCAAGCGGUAUUGAGAGCAUACAAGUUUUGAUCAUGCUGAUGGAUCACAGUAAAUCUGUUUCACGUUUUAUGUCCAGACUCACUAUAAAUGUUUGUUGAGUUAUUGGAACCUGAAUUACCUUCAGUGAAGUUUUGGACAGUAUUGAGUUUACAAAAGCUCACUAAGUUCAUAGUUUCAGAUUGCCAUAUUUUUAAUAGGUAACAUUACAUACACACAGCCAUUCAAAAUUUUAAAUUGAUGAUAAGAUGCCCGAGGAAAAGUCAGAGAUUUGCCAGUAAUUUAAUUGUAAUUGGCCAUGUGAAAAAGGUAGGUGAGGUCAAAAUUUCUUGGUAAUGUCAGCCUUUUCAGUGGUGCGACAUUCAAAGUCAAGGGAACACCAACGUCCCAAGGAAAGAAAGCUCCUCAGAACACAAAUGAGCACAACAACAGAGCCAAGUUAUUUAAGUCUUUACAGAAAUUAAUGUAGACCAAAUUGUUUGACGACUCAAAAGACUGAUGUGGUCCAACCUUUAGCAAACGCAUGUAAGAAUAUUAGGCAAAAAAGUACCUAUAUUUACAUCAGGAAAAAAGUCCACAAACAUGCGGAAAUACCAGCAAGACAGUGUGUUAAUGCUGCAGAAUGGAUGUUCUGUCCAGAAACGUAUAUUUCUUAUAUGUGAUUUAGAUUCACAACCACACAAGCAGACCCCUUUUGGCAGCUAAGAAAUGGCAUUUGUGCUCAAACAUCUCCUCCCUUUUUUUGUUUGAAGGAGAGUGAGAACCUGGAGAAGGAGAAUGCUGCCCUGAGGAAGGAGGUGAAGCAACUGACAGAGGAGGCCAAGUAUUUGUCAUCUGUGCUGAGCAGCCACGAGCCUCUGUGCACCGGCCUGGCUCCUCAGACCUCCUCAGACCACCUGUACCCUCCUCAUCACAGCAGUUACCACCAGCACAUCACUGUACCACACUACCAGCACUGAUCUGACCCAGGACCUGCUGUGAACAGACGACUGACCUCAAUAUAGAAAGAGAGACUAAGUGGAGAUGUGUCUAUAAGUGUAAAUCAUCAUUCAACAUGUCCGCCAGCCAAUGAAAGUAUGGAGCCCAAACCACACCAUGCAGUAUUCAAGAGUAUUUAUUUUGUUUUUGCUCACGCCUUUGCUCUCAUCUGUUUUGUAUCAGUAUGUGAACUCAGUAGAAUUAUCUACCAGUCUAUGUUUACAUCAGAACAACAAAAAACGACCCUCUGUAUGUUUGGGGCACUGAAGAUAGUAUUUUUGUAAAUUGCUUAUUUUCCACAUUACUGGGAGCACUUCUUUCAUGUUUUAAAUUUCUCAUGUGUUUAAUGUGUUUCAGUGUGUAAAUGUAGAUGGUUAGCGCUCAGGAGCUUUUGACAAUUUUGAUUGUGGACAAAGAGAAUGUAAAGUCAAGAUCCUUAAGAAAAUGGCCAAAAUGAACCAAAAAAAGGAGGAGGAACGGGCAGUGAAGGGGUCUUAACUUGUGCACUGGGAAAAUGCUGGCAUAUGUCAAAAGAACCAGCAAAGAUAUUUAUUAAAUGUGAUGCCUUUUACUGGA